AGGAGGAAGAGGAAAAAGAGGAAGAGGAGCAGGAGGAGGAUGAGGGAGCCACUCUGGUCCCGGGCUGGGAUCUGACCUCCCUCCCCUGCUCCCGGUGCAGCAUCGCCGGGAGGAGCCGCCGUGUCCCUGUGCCCGUGCCCAGCCCCGGCCAUGAAGACGGAGAAGGACGAGGCUGUGGCCACCUUCUCCCUGCGGGGGAAAUUCGGCGCAGAGGGGGCAGGCUGCAGUGACCCAGCCGUGCCCGGUGCCCCGAUGGCGGGGGCGGGGAGCGGGGGGACCCCGGCCCCGGAGCUGCGGCCGCUGAAGCGCAGACCUGUCCCAGGGAAACACUACCAGUGCUCGAGCUACGGCUGCAAACUGGCCUUCCCCAGCAUGCAGGAGCUGAUGGACCAUCUGAAGGUCCACUACAGACCCACGCAGUCCCUCGAGGGCAAAACCUUCCACUGCCCCACCUUGGGCUGCACCGAGACCUUCCCCAGCAUGCAGGACCUCAUGGCCCACAUGAAGGUGCACUACAAACCAAACCGCUACUUCAAGUGUGAGAACUGCCUGCUGCGCUUCCGCACGCACCGCUCCCUCUUCAAGCACCUGCACGUCUGCUCCGACAGCUCCAGCGGCCCCGCGCCGCCCCCCAAGCCCGACAAGCCCGUCCUGCCGCCCGCUACCUCUGCCCCGGAGAAGGAGCCCCCAGCCAAGCCACCCGAGGGGCUGCCCAAGCUGCCGAGCGCUCUGCGGCCCCUGGAGAAGGAAGGCUCGGCGGGCGCGGACACCGGCCCGGCGGCGCUGCCCGAGCUGCCCGGCUCGCUGGUGCCGCCGGCCCCGCACCCCUUCCCGCUGCUGGAGCCCGGCCUGUUCGGGCCCUCGUCCUUGACUCGGUUCUCGGGGCCACCCCCGUCCUCGGUGCCGGGGCCGUUCCUGUCCUACGUGUCCCCCUCGCCCUACGGGCUGGCGCAGCCCCCGGCUCAGCACCGCCUGCGGCCCUUCCUGCCGGGCCACGGCCCCCCCAGCGUCUCCAACGCCGUCUGGAAGAAAAGCCAAGGUGUGAGUGUCAGCCCACUCCUCCCAUGCUUUGGCUCAGGAGUGACUCCAGGGCACUCCUCCAACAGCCGCAUCGUCUGGGAGCACACGCGGGGCCGCUACAGCUGCACGCAGUGCCCCUUCUCCACCGCCUCCCGCGAGGAGAUGACCCUGCACAUCGAGGACCACCGCAAGAACCCCCCGCCCGGGCGCCUGGAGGCCGAGAUGGAUUUCGGGGUGGGUCUCGCCCCGUUCCACGCCAAGCUGCCGCCGGAGAUGGAGAACUCCCUGUACUCCCAGCUUUGA